AAACCCCGUUCACGUCCUCAUCUCGAUGUGACGUCGUUUCACUCCCAAACCCACACCUUUCCCAGAAUCACCACCACUUAUUACACCUCCUAUUCCAUUCAUUUUCUAACCCCUUUUUUAAUAACACAAACCUAAACUCUCCCCCUCUUCUCUAACAUGGACCAACAGCAGCGCCACGUCAGCAGCGGAACUACUAAUCCCGUGCUCCGCUUCCCCACGGUGCGCCCCCUCCCCUUCGCGCGCCUCGUCGCCGCCUCCCGCCGCCGCCUCUUCCUCUCCGACUGCGCCGACCGCCGAUCCGACGACGACGGAGAUGGUGACGGCGACUCCGGCGAGUGCGCGUACUCGCGGGCGGUGCUCGUGCUCGACAUGGUCUGGAACCUCGCCUUCGUCGUCGUCGCCGCCGGCGUCCUCCUCUCCACGCUCCGCGAGCGGCCGUCGACGCCGCUGAGGCUCUGGCUCUGCGGCUACGCCUUCGAGUGCGUCCUUCACAUGGCCUUCGUCUACUUUGAGUUCCGAACCGGAAUUCGCGACUCCUUCUCUCACACUGCCUAUAGUAUUGUGAAGAAGCUAGAGCCUAUGAACACUCUGGCAUCAUCUGUUUGGUGGAUCUUUGGAUUUUAUUGGAUUGUUGUGGGUGACCAAGCACUUUUGGAAGAUUCUCCACGUCUCUACUGGUUAACAGUGGUCUUUCUAGCCUUUGACGUAUUUUUUAUUAUCUUUUGCAUUGGGAUGGCAUGUAUAGUUUUCUUUGCCCUCUUCUGCAUCAUCCCAAUAAUAGCACUAGCUUAUGCUAUGAGAAUCAGAGAAGGUGCAUCAGAAGAAGAUAUCUUGUCACUUCCUAUGUAUAGGUUUAGUCAGUCAAAUUCAUUGGUGAUGGUUGAUGACAACAAGAAGCAACUUAUUAAAGGAAGAGUAGAUUCAUGCAAUGGAAGCCAUAUGAGUGCGCUUUCUCUCCAUCCAGAUGAUUCUGAAUGCUGUAUCUGCCUUUGUCCGUAUGUUGAAGGAGCAGAACUGUAUCGCCUUCCCUGUACGCACCAUUUUCAUUGCGAAUGCAUCGGCCGUUGGCUUCAGACAAAAGCAACUUGCCCGCUCUGCAAAUUUAAUAUCCUUAGAGGUGAUACAUUGGUUUGAACUUUCUGAGAUAAAGAUUGAACAACGGUGAGGUGCAUUAUCGCUCAAAACAAACUUGACCUUGGAGAGCCAGAACAUUUGAUACUCUGCUGACUAGUAAUAAGUAGAAAAGAAAAGGACAUCUCCACCCCUUCAGCUUUUACUGGGUUCUAGUCUUAGGAUUAGUUUCCAUAAAGCUCUUACAUCUUUUAGUACAAAAUGUUCUUAAUUUUAUGAUGGGGUAUGCAUAUAUUGUUGGACGGUGGAGAAGGUCUCCCCUUAAUUUGUACUUACUAGGGGUUUUAUAAAAACAAUUUUUCUGUACAGAAAUCCUUUUUUGUUCGAGUACUUUGCCCACCUCCACCAUCAAAUAAAUUAGAGACGCAUACGUUAUACCCUUAAACCUAGAAAGAUAAUAGUGGGAUGCCAAUGGGAAAAGGGUGGUUAGGAACCAACCUUAAACUAAUUUUUCCGUUUGGCCUUUAAGUACCAUUAGAUGUUUUGUACUCGGUCAUUCGAUUGUGAACUAAGUUAACGAAGUCUACAGCAUGUGUUUGUUUUGGAA